GCCGCUGCGGCCGCGGCGGAGAUGAGGACCGCCGGGAGGGCGAAGAGGAAGGCCGGCGGCGGCGGCGGCGGCCGAGGGAGGGAGGGUAGAAGGGGAAGGAAAGCGAGAAAAAUAGUAACAGGGGCAUUUAAGGAAGAGACAGGGGCAUUUAAGGAAGAGAAAGAAGAAAAGAUGUCGUCCUCGUCCGAGUCGUCGGCAGCCGGGUCCGGGACGACGGUGACGCUGUCGCUGAUGCCGGAGACGCCGGAGAGGAAGGACGACGCGCCGCCGGUGGAGAUCCCGGCAGUGUCGUAUGUGAUCCCGGCGUGGCUCCGAGCACGGGAAGGAGGAUCUGAGGGCGGCGGAGGAGGGGGAGGGGAGGUGGUGGCGCCGCGGCCGGUGAGGCCGGCGGGGUCGUGGGUGACGGUGGAGUGCGUGACCGACAAGUGGCGGGAUGGGGAGGUCGGGGCUUCCACCACCGGCGGCGACGAGGCCGUCAGAGCGGCGUUAGCAGCCGACCAAACUGGUCCCGGUUUCAUAUCCGACGCGUGGGACCGGGUGACGUGGACCAACGAGGCUUAUAGAAGGAUGGUGGUGGGGCCGGGGGCGGAGGAUGGGAAGGAAGAAGGGACGGAGGAGGAGGACGUGAGGGUGGCGCUGGCGACGAGGGGGAUGGUGCCGGGCGCUACGUGCCGGGCGUUCACGUGCCGUGUUCGGGUGCGUUACGCGAGCCGGCGGCGAGGGAGGGGGUCGCUGGCGGCGCCGUGCGACGUCUGGCGGAUGGAUGACGGCGGCUACGCGUGGAGGCUGGACGUUAAGGCCGCUCUCAGCCUUAGCUUGGGGAGAUAAUUAGCAAAAGAAAAGGAGUUGGAUUACAAAUAAAGGGUAUAUAGAAAUAUUGCAGGGGGUUAGUUGUAAAUAUUUUUUUUUUGGACGGAGUCCUUCAGCUAUGGAUAACAACAAUAAUGGCUGAUAUGGUCUCCGGCGAGGUUGACGGCGGUGGGCGGUGGAGGAUGGGAAGAAGGGGAGGAGGAUAGGUUUCAGCAGUGAAAGGGAGGUGUGGGGGUGGGAGGGGAACAGGUGGCAGAUGGUAUGAUGGGACGUUGCUUUGUGGAAUGUGAAACGUGGCAUCAUGUAAUUAAAUAGUGAGUGAGGUUGGAGAGAGCACAGAGAGAGAUAAGGGAGAAGUUGUAUGCUGACAAGCUGUAAUCUCUCUCUCUCUCUCUCUCCCACCCGAUGUUUGUUUCCUAUAUGAGUGAGGGUGGAGGGUUAUUAAGUUGGGGUUUUACCUUAGAUUUUGCUGUCUUAUCUUUGGAUGAAAUGAGAAAAGUAAGGUAAAUAUGGCUUGUUGCUUUUCUUCUUAUCAGAAAUUGAUAGCACAAACUAAAAAGAUGUGUCUGCAUGAGGUGCCCAUGAAUUGGUCCAAUGACAUUGGGUGGGGACAAAGCCACGGUCCAGAGAGAUUCUCAGAUUUGUGUAUCUACGCAGAAAGUGACUUGAACGAAAACAAAAGAAAGAGUAAUUAUCAUGACAUAACAUUGGUCCGUCAUUGUUUGCGUUUUUGAGCUACCGGUAGAAGCAUAUUUCUUUUCUUUAAAGUAAUAAAGGUGCUGCUAUAUUGAAUUCA